AUGCCAACCGUCCACCCCCUUCCCGUCAACCCUACAACCGGCCAGCAGCCACUCGCCGCUUUGCGCGGCGCGUUCAGUGGCGGCACCUCCUCUUCUGGCGUCAACCGUGACAUUCUCAAGGGGCUUCAAGAUGUUGCCUGGAGCGAUGACGAGGACGACCCAGACUGCAUGGUCUGCGCCGAACCCCUCGACCUCUCGGAUCAAAACUUUGAGCCCUGCCAGUGUGGUCUCGACAUCUGCCAGUUCUGCUACCACAAGCUGCUUCGCGAUGACCCACGCUGCCCAGGAUGUCGUCGCAAGUACGACCCAAAGAGCGUGGUGUAUGAGCCGGUCGACUUUGAAGAAGUGCGCAAGGCAAAGGACAAGAAGGCGAAGAGAGCAAAGAUCGCCAAACAGCUCGAGGCAAUCGGUCGACGCUCCAUGCUGGACACGCGCAUUGUCAUGAAGAACUCUGUCUACGUCGUGGGCAUGAAAAUCCCAGGAUCGGGUUCGCCCGAAGAAGCCGUCUCCAUCCUACGCUCCAACGAGUUCUUCGGACAGUACGGCAAGAUUGCACGGUUGCACCUUCGCGACCGCACGAACGUCAGCUCGCCCUCGCCCGGCCCUUCACCCGACUCGGCUGCGACGUCGACCGGCAUAUACAUUGUCUACAUUCGACGCGAAGACGCAGCGCGUGCGAUUGCAGCUUUGGACGGCAUUCCUGCGCCGCAGGGCCCACCGGGGACGCUACUCCAUGCAUCGUACGGGACGACACGUUACUGCGACGCGUUCCUCCGCGGCACCAAGUGCGACUACCAGGGGUGUCAGAACCUCCACGAGUGGGGCGGCGAAGGCGAUUCCUUCACUCGGACCGACCUCAUCACGGCUUUGACUCGACCCGCCGAGUAUGAUGCGCGGCAGAAGCAACAGCCGAUCCAGCCACCACCGUUAACUCAGAAGUCGGCAUGGCCGAAGCCCUCGUCGGUGGACGAUUCAGACUCCUCGAACGCCUUACCUCGGACCGCUAGCUGGGGUAUGCCACGGCCUCAGGCGGCUCGUCCAGGAUCAGCGAACGGGGGACGCAUCGCACCGGUCGGCUCGUCGCGCCCCAUGUCCAAGAUCAACAGCAACCUCAUCCCUUUAGGUGGUCGUAACUCGUCCGCAUUUCCUCCACCGACUCCAUCGCCUGUCCCAGCGGUGCACAGCAAGCUGGACAGGAAGAAGGAGAAGGCGCAGAGCAUGGCGCGCGGGAGAAGCGGCAGUUCGAGCAUUAGCUCUGGACCUGGCGUCACGAGCGCGUCGGCGUCGCCCAAGAAGAAGGCUGUGACCAUCACGAUGACACAGUCUGCGAUUGGUGCGCCACCGAAGAGCGUUGCGUCCCUGAACUCGUUGACGCAGAGCGCCUCGACGACGGCCACCAAGGCGACCCCUUCCGAGGCGGCUCCGGCUGCCCCGAAGGCUGUACGUGCAACCCCUCCUGGACUCGCACCGCCACCAGGCCUGGCCCCGCCAUCCACUGUCACCAGCACGCCGUCUCAGCCUACACCGCCACCUUCAGAGCCCGAAUCCACCCCGCCCAAGCAGGCGUCGCCCCUCAAGGCGAGCCUGCCUAUGCGCGAGGAAGAGGCACCAGAGGCCGGCCCAUCCCGCGAGUUCUUGGCGCCCAAGCGGCCCGCAUCGACCGAGUACCCCAUCCACUCGCCGUACCCCGACUUCGACGACGUGUUCAUGGAGCCCGACGCGCGCAAGCAGGGCUUCGAAUUCUCGCUGCGGUUAGACGACGACGAGUUGCAGCGGAUGCUGGAGUUUGCCCAAAGAAUGGGCGUGUUCGAGCCGUCGCCUUUCGACCCCUUGUUCCAAGAGCUGCCAAAGCUGGGCAUUCCGCUGGCGUCGCUCAUCUCACGAGUGGGCGGGGAGCGAAACGGACCGUACGUGUACACGGGGUCGUUCUCGCCCUUCGCCCCGUCGUCGCAGGUGGAGACGUUGUCGCUGCCGACAUCGGAGGAGCCAAGCACGGUUGACUCGGGAACCUCGGACGCGGACGUGCCCCGGACAACGUCGCGGUUCGAAUUUGCCCGUCGCGCGUCCUUGGCAUCCGCGGGGCGCGGUCAGAGCCCCUUCCGUCGGGACGAGUGGAACGGUGUGCCGGGUGCUGCACACCGUGCCCCCAGUUCGAACGGGUACGCGGACGAGGUGCCUCGCCAUUUCCACCCCGCACUGGCGCAGUUAAACGCGCACGUGCACUCGCAGUCGUGGUCCGCAACGGAGAGCGACUACGCGGGACCAUCGUACUCGAACCGUAUACCGUUUCAGCAGACGGGGUACAACAACGCGUACGGCAGUCCGCAGCGCGAGCCAAUGUACUCGCCCGCAACACAUGUGCACCCCGGAUACGACUAUGUAUCGCAGCACCAGCAGCAGGGCCCACCCCAGUCGCCAAUGUACGCGGGGGGUUUCAUGCAGCGGCGGUUCUAG